CGACGCGCUACAAAUGCCCUCUCGGAGCUGUCUGCCGCACGAAUGCAUACGAACGCCUAGGAGCUCUUCUUCAUCUCCGUCUAUUCCUCCUCGGCUUACUGCUCUUUCUUCGCUCUUGCCUGCGGUCGGAGAUUGUACAGAAUAAUUUGCUAUAAAUACCCUAGUGACGAUAUCCAGCCUGGCUCCGACCUCUGGUCCCGCCGGUUCUUAGCACUCGACAGUCAUGCCAUGGCCACUCUCGCUUAUCUGGCCUGGAAGCUCUGAGAGCGACAAAGAUGACGCGAAGGGCGCGAAAGACAAGGAGAACUCAGAUGGGUCGGUCACGGAGGCUGGGUCGUCCGCCGUUAAGGAAGUCGCGGACGCUACACCGAGCCCGACCGAUUUGCUUCAACAUUUCGAGCAGCCUGGCCUGUCGAUCCCUCCGGGCGCGCGCGUUGGGGACCCGAAGUUGAAGCAGCGGGAGCGACAGCCGUUGAGCUUAUGGCAACUGGGCAAGAUGGCCGCGUUUGGAGCCGCGAAGGCUACUGAGCUCUUCUCCGAGCUCGUAUACCACCAUGUCUGGGGCCCGAGACGCAAGUCAUGGGCGAUCGAGAUGACCCUACUCUCUGCCCUCAUGAGGAACGUUGGUCAACAUACCCACCUGGGUGAUAUGUCACUCAUACGCAUGCUCAUGAGCGUCAGCGGGUACAUACCUGUCUCAUCCGAUGCCCUCGUUACCCCGGUCACUUUCCCUGUCCGCAGACGGAAGUUGCCUGGUAUUCUAGCGGAGCUCGAUGCUGCUGAGAACGGCCGGCGAGAAUUAUCCGGCGAGUGGGUCGUCGGAAAGCGCACCUGGCGUAGGCUGCAGAGUGAGUGGAGGGCGCAGCGCACGCAAGCCAGGUCAGAUGCAUCGAGUUCGCCUGGGUCACCGUCACAGGAGCAUCGUAGAAACGAGCGGGUCGUCCUAUACUUGCAUGGAGGCGCUUACUAUACGUGCAACGCUGCCUCACAUCGUCUCAUAACAAUUCCACUUGCGAAGUAUCUCGACGCCCGCCUUUUCGCUGUCGAUUACAGAUUAGCACCGGAGACUCGUUUCCCAGGUCCUCUACACGACGUCGUCUCUGCAUACCUCCGCUUAGUAGACGACCUGCAUAUACCCCCGGAGAACAUCAUAGUUGCUGGAGAUAGCGCAGGCGGCGGCCUAUCGCUGGCAUUGCUCUUGUAUCUUAGGGACAAUGGCCUUCCUUUGCCUUCUGCUGCGAUCCUGUUUUCCCCUUGGGUCGACCUGACGAUGAGCUGCGACUCAUGGGACAGCAACGCAGAGUAUGACAUCGUCCCAAGGCCCGUUCCUGGCGAUCACCUCAAUCCCAUCGCAUGUUACCUCGGAGAACACAUGGAGAAGUACCUCACUCAUCCUUACGCCAGUCCACUCUUUGGUGAUUUCAGGGGCUUGCCUCCCAUGCUCAUCCAAGCCGGCGAGUGUGAGGUGCUCCGAGACGAAAUAACGCUCCUCGCGCACAAAGCAAAGCUUGCCGGUGUAGAGGUCCGGCACGAAUUAUAUGAAGAUGCCGUGCAUGUCUUCCAGGCACUACCGUUUCUUGAGGCCGCCCAACAUGCAUUCGGUUCUUGUCUCGACUUCGUGCUACACUUCCUCCCCCAGUUCCAGCGCAAGACGCCGCAAGAGCUUGCCGGCGCAACGGAGCGUGGUCUCGAGCAAGAGAUCGACACGGAUGCCCAGCGCGUCGUACGCGGCGAUGGUAUGGAGACGGCGUCCCGCCGCGAAGACAUCAGCAGCGGGUCGGGCACAGAACAGGCGCGCGAGCGACCAGAGCUCACCGUCGAUGCCAGCAGGGGAGAGUCGCCGUCAAGCAGCGACCAGGAGGGCCCCAGCUGGAGCGCACAGUGGCCGACGCCGCCCGAGAGCGACGGGAGCGACGAGAGCGACGGCGAGGACGAGCAUCUCAGGAUGAAGCGCAAGGACGUCGCAGCAAACACAUCCGCCCGCGAGUCCGAAAGGCAGAAAGCGCACUCCGAGCGACACAAGCCGCAGCACCGACCCUCGCUCCGGCGGCUCCGCUCGACGUUCUCCUUCAUCGCAGAUGCGUCGUACCGCUCCGCGUCUGAGCACGUACAGACCGCGCCCGCGCACCGCGGCGAGCCCUCCUUCGAGCACCAGCAGGCGGCGGCGGCGAUCUCGCGGGCGCGCACGCGUGUCGGGUCGAUGACAAGCAUGGUGCCGUCGAAGGGCCCAGUGCCGUCGCCGUCGCUGCGGAAGAAGCUCGAUGCGAGCCACCCGGACAUACAUUCGCUGAUCCAGCAGUACGCGAGCUCGGGCCCUGCACACGAAACGACGACGUUCAGGCCCGACGACUCCCAACAACGGAAGCGCUCGCGGACGCUCUCCUCGUUGGCACGAUAGGACUGUUCUCUUGCUGUUGCCCUUGUUGCUAGUGUGAUUAAUUCAGUUGGGACUGCUCUUCUCCCUACUCUUCUCGUUUGGCUGCUGCAUUCACAUAUCAUCGUUAUUAGGAGCUAGUGUAUCGCAUAGUCUCUUGCGGAUUCGUAGUAUAG